AUGGGCGUCCCGGCAUGUUACUCUACAAGGCGUCCCGGUAGUCAUCAUGCCACUGCUGCCGCUAUACUACUCUUCAUCAUACGGGCCUUCUGGAUCAGAGCCGAGAAUCUUGAUCCCAGUUUGCAAGUACAAGUCACUCUCUGGGUGCCAAAUUCGCGCGGGGACGACUAUUUCGACCACCCGCCUCUUGAUUCCUCGGAGGUAAGAUCGGUCUGCAACGGCCAAAAAUGGGACUCCAAUACAAACACAGAGGUCGUAUUCACCUGCGACAACUCGGUUGGUGAAAUUGUAGACACACGGAACUCGAUUCUUAACUGCGUACGGUAUGCAAUACCGGCAGGAGGAUCCCUGGUUAUGCCCAGGAUCAUUGUUCGCAAAGGUUCAGGUAAAGGGAAGCAUGUGGGAUAUACGUUCGAUGCGGACCACUUCAUUAAGUCCCUUCGUCUCUCAUGUCCACUAUUACGCUUGUACGAUGACGUGGAAGAAAAGAUACCAAGCACAGGGAUUCAGCAUCCUAAUAGAUGGAGGGGCCAGCUGUACGACUGGCUUGGGCAAGUACAAACUGAUGUCUCUCCUACUGGAAGACCUAACUAUGGCGGGCACAUUCUGAAGUUUAGGCCUGACGCUCGAGAGCUUGCAACAAAAGCGUUGCUUCAGAUGGCAAAGAUCUCCGGCUCCAAGCUCACGCAACCUGAGGGCGAUGCAGCACCUAGCAAGCCAGGUACAUAUGCGGGCACCAUCCCUGAGAACGCCUAUCUUGGCAUAUACCUGCAAGAGGGGAAAGACUCUGAAGAAACGCGGACUCUGUUCGCUGAGACUAAGCAGACCGCUGACUACCUCGAACAAGCCGUUGAUGCGGGUCUUUCUCUCGUCUACAUAGCAAAUGGCGACGCCACACAAGUCAAAAGCCUCAAAAGUGAGGCCAAAGCCAAGAGCAUCACCGUCGUUACGAAACAGGAUUUUCUUGGGAACAAGAAUGGUUUGGAGAAUCUCCAAAGGGAUCAGCAGGCUCUGGUGGACUUCCUGGUUCUGUUGAGCGCAUCGCAUUUUAGCGGUGCCGCGUGCUCGAGCUUUUCAUGGAACGUGGCACUAAAGCGGCAUUUACUAGUUCAGAGUCCAAGGAGGAAACACUGGGAUGGACCGCAAACUUUCAAAAAUCGACCGAACCACCUUCAUGGGGAGCCUGAGAGUUGCCCUGAGUUCUUCGCAUGCCUCUGGCCAUAG